AUGGCCAGCUUCAGGCGUUUUUCCGACCUGCCCAAAGAGAUACGGGACAUUAUAUGGAGCGAUGCUAGUCAACGUGACCUUGCCGGCGUCCAGAUCUUUGAACUUCGGACUCCGAAGCCAAAAGAAGAUGGCGAAACUUCCGACACCACAGCCUCGGGUACUCGACCGCCCCGCCAACAACUCGAUGCGCCAUUGAGGAGCAAAUGCUUCCCUGCUCUUGAUGGUAGCCCAGGCACUUUGAAUGUCUCUAGAUACAUGGCUGACAUCGGAUUAUGGACUGCCUGUAAAGAGUCAAGGGAAGUCAUGGAGAAGACUACUCAGAGAUCUAAGAAAAUCCUUGAGAUGCAAGCAAAGGACAAUUACCGGCACUACGACUGGGAGAAACAUGUGCCCGCGAUUAUCUCCUGCAGCAAUUCACAGCGAUUUCUGGUCCAACCCCACGCAGAUCUCUUUGUGAUUCAGCCCAGCAAGAUCGAGGACAUCGACUGGUCCCAGGUCGCUCGUGACAUCCGAAAGCAAAUUGAACCCGGAGGUUUCGCCUUCGGAAUCAAUAUUGGGAUCGAAUGGAAUGCCGAGUGGGGAAUUAAAAACAAGUGGGAUGAUUUUGAUCUGUUAUGCCAGGCCUUUCACGAUGUCCAUGCUCAGCUAUGGAUAAUUGACCAUAAUCUCAGAACGAGAGAAGAAAUAAACAGGAGGGAACAAGACUGCGGCAAUAAAACCUUCUAUACUUGUGACAGAAGGUUCAUAGAGAUCAAUUGGAAUCAUGAACCUUUAAGCCGCUGGCGACAUAUCAAGCCACCUGAAAGAAAGUGCAAAUACACCGGCAAAGACGAGGAUUCACUGAGUCUUGCGCACAGUCUGGAAAACAUAGCAGCUGAUGAGCAUUGGAAUUGGCGCCGUUCUGGGCAGUAUGGUGGCGAUGAAGAUCGACGAUUUUACUGCAAGGUUAAACUCCUUGGCUGGGAUGACCUAUGA